CCUCCAUACAUCUGAAGCAGAACCGGGAAGUGACGCACCUGAUUGGUAGAUAUUUAAGAUUGCCUGGAUCGCCCCUCGCCGUGUUCUGGCACUUUCUGUCAAGGAAAUUUACAACCAUGAGUGGUGAAAAAGUAACAAUAAAAUCAGAAAAUCCCAAAGGGGAUUUGCCAUGCAUUGUCUUUGAUGAGUUACUGGCCGAGAGUGACAAGGGACUGGUGGUAAUCCAAGAAUGGUGGGGAAUGAACAAGCAAAUCAAAGAAGAGGCCCACGAUAUCGGCAAAAUGGGAAAUUUUGUUACAAUCGUUCCUGACCUGUACAGAGGAAAGAUAGCAACGGACCAUGAAGAGGCCGGCCAUCUGAUGAGCAACCUCGACUGGCCAGGGGCAGUCAAAGACAUCCGGGCCACUAUCCUCCACCUAAAGUCCAUGGGCUGUAAAAAGGUGGGCGUGACCGGGUUCUGUAUGGGCGGAGCUCUCUCCUUGGCAGCCGGAGCCUUAUUACAGGAUGUUGUAGAUGCCAUUGCUCCAUUCUAUGGAAUUCCGGAUGAGAAACUGUGUGAUGUUUCCACUAUCAAGUGUCCAGUACAGUGUCACUUCGCAGCCCUGGAUGAUUUGGUGGGGUUCUCAUCUCCAAAGGACGUGGAAAAGCUGGAAGAGAAGUUCAAGGCGGGAAAUGUGGAUUAUGAGAUGAAUAUUUAUGAUGAGGCAGCUCAUGCCUUCACUAAUUCCUCCGGACCUAACUAUCACAAAGACUCUUGUCAUCUGGCCUUGCAACGAUUAUGCACAUUCAUGAACAAAUCCUUGGAGAGAGUUGAGGAGAGACCUCAUUUCCGCAACCGCCUCGGUUUGAUUUGUUCUUGUCUGGGGUCUGUGGUGGGGACAGGGAACAUAUGGAGGUUCCCGAGGAUACUAGCCUCCAACAGCGAGGAACAAGGUGGUCUGGUAUUUCUGAUUGCAUGGGUUCUGUUUCUGGUUUUGUGGUCGAGUCCCAUGCUGCUAAUUGAGUAUGGAACCGGUCGAUAUACAAGGAAGGCUGUGAUUGGCUCAUUCAGACACAUAAUUGGAGAUGGAGCCACGUGGUGCGGAGCGGGGAUUACCAUGGUUACUUUCCUAAUAUCAUGUUACUACUCAGUAGUGUUGGGGUGGUGCCUCUACUAUUUUGUUUACAUGAUCGGACAUGACCUCCCAGAAACAGCGGCAGAAGGAGAGAAGAUAUUUCAAGACUUUGCUGAACACAGCAAUUGGCCUAUCCUGACGCACGCUAUUGCGUCCUCUCUGGCUGGGUUGGCGGUGUUGAGGGGUGUCAGUACAAUAGAGAAAACCAACAUGUUCCUAGUUCCGCUCUUGUUGGUGAUCAUUCUGUUUACAUUUGUCUGGUCCCUGACUAGAGACUAUGCAGACGUUGGCAUCAGGUUUCUUUUCACGCCGCACUGGGACUCUUUCGGCGAGCCCCGCUUGUGGGUUGACGCCCUGAGUCAGAACGCCUUCGACACAGGGGCGGGGAUGGGUCUCAUGAUACCAUAUGCCUCCUUCAUGACCAUAAACAAUAAUAUUGUUAAAUACGGAAUACUCAUUCCAUCUAUCAAUAACCUCAUCAGCUUGAUUUGUGGAAUCAUGCUUUUCGCUACUGUAUUUUCUACCAUGAUUGCACUGGAACCCACUAUAUCAAAGCCAGGAAUCCUGGACAUAAUGAAACAGGCGGGGCCCGGCAGCACGGGUCUGACCUUUAUCUGGAUCCCGGUGCUUUUUUCGACGAUCGGCACGUUUGGUCGAAUCCUGUGUGUCCUCUUCUUUGCUUGUCUCUCCAUUGCUGGCGUAACCUCACUGGUAGCUAACGUGGAAAUGGUCACGCAUACCUUAUAUGAUUUUGGUGUUCCGAGGAAAUUCGGAAUGCCUUGCACCGUGUUGUUACUUUUUCUCGGAGGUUUGGCUUCAGCUCUCAAUCUGGAUGUUUUGACCAAUCAGGACUUUGUUUGGGGGUUUGCUUUGGUCAUCAACGGCUUCAUGCUACAAAUAAUGGUAGUCACCUACGGGUCAAGGAAGUUCCGAGAGGAAAUGUUCAACCGUUACAGUCUGGGAGACUGGAGGCUCCCACGUGUCUGGGAAUGGUUGGUCAAAAUCAUCGCCCCCCUGGAGGCCCUGUUCAUCAUCGGCUGGUGGGCCUACGACUUGAUCGAUGGGGAGGCAGGGGACGAGGAGAAGUGGUAUGAGUUCGGGAGGGAGACCCUUGUCAUCACCGUGGUACAGUGGGGCGGACUCAUGGUGCUGUUGUUUUCAAUCAAUAUGAUAUACUUGUGCUGCCGGAGAUCGGAGGGUGAAGACACCGUCAGGUUGCUGGGACAGAAAGAUCUAGAGACGUCAGCCACGGAAAAAGUAAUCUCCUACAAAGACGUCCAGUUAUGAUGGAGCAAGUUCUAUUGGGUUAUGGGUUUUUUUUGUAUCAACUAUAUCUGUGGACAUUUUAUGAAAACUAAAAGAAAAAACUCUCCUCCGUUGUGCAGGAAUGUCAGUUUACAAAUGCCUGGAUUUUGUAUUUGAAUUUUACAAGUUUUCUGCAUAAAUAACACAGAGUUCAGAAGCCACACUUCAAUACAUUAUGUAAUACAUGUAUAUCAUUCAAACAUUUUUGCUCCCGGCCCCGCCGUCACCAACUUUCCUCAAGUCUGAGGUUUGGCCUCAAAUUUAUGCACUUUUCUUUAAAGGAUUUGAGUUAAGGAAUGUGUUGAGGGAUUUGAAAAUUUUGGUGACGGUGGAGCCUGACCUACUGGGUACUUGUACUGUCAUAAAUCCAAAACUUACAGAAGCUGAUCAAAUUUUUCACCCUUUAAUUUACAAGUUUUUUUUACUUUAAGUUGUACACACUUAAACUUAAGUUUUAUAAAAAUGUAUAAUAAAAUAAGAUGUUAUAUCAAAACAAUAUUCUACAUGUAGAUUAUUAAAAGUAUUUUAUUAUUUACAA